AUGGGUCGCGUCCGCACCAAAACCGUCAAGAAGUCCGCCAAGGUCAUCAUCGAGCGCUACUACCCGCGCCUGACCCUCGACUUCGAGACCAACAAGCGCAUCUGCGAUGAGAUCGCCAUCAUCGCCUCCAAGCGCCUCCGCAACAAGAUUGCCGGCUACACCACGCAUCUGAUGAAGCGCAUCCAGCGCGGCCCCGUCCGCGGCAUCUCCUUCAAGCUGCAGGAGGAGGAGCGCGAGCGCAAGGACCAGUACGUCCCCGAGGUCUCGGCUCUCGACCCCUCGCACAACGAGGGCGGCCUCCUCCAGGUCGACGGCGAGACCAAGGACCUGCUCAAGCACCUCGGCUUCGACUCGAUUCCUGUCAACGUCGUCGCCGUCGCUCAGUCCCAGGGCCCCGAGCGCCGCUUCGGCAACCGUCGCCGCGACUAA